AUGAGUCUUGCGUGGUCUAGUGAUAACAGUAAUAGUGGUGGUGUUGGUGGUGGUGGCGGCGGCCUUGGCGGAGACGGCGGCGGCGACGACGGAAACGACAGCGACGGCGAUGACGGCGGAGACUGCGGAGACGGCGGUGACGGCAACUGCGGUGAUGGCAGCAGCAGCAGCGGCGGCGGCGGUGGUGAUAGCGGCAGUGGUCGUGUUGGAAAUGGUGGUGGGGAUGGUAGUGCUAGUGGUAGCAGCCGUGGUGGUGGUGGUGGUGGUGAUGCAUUUUGGGAACGUGACUUCUGUCAUAGCUCUAAGCUGACUAAUAGCAUGCGAGCAGAAUUUGGUAGACGGAGAUAG